CCGGGAAGGGCCGGCUCAGGGCAGGGCGACAGCCAACUACGUCUGGCUGAGUGCUCGCGUCCUCCCAACUUCUGGGCGCCGGACCGGCGGACCCCAGCCGAGAGAGAGGUAACAGCCUCGGUACCUGCCCCCGCCUCCCCUCGCCAGGCGCCCGCGGACCAUGUUUUCCAGCCCGCGGAGGUGGGGCGACGGCAGCGACUACGGGCGGGUCCCCGAGGGGCCUGAGGCGCAGAAAUGCAGUCCAGAGAAAAAUGCUUCAUUCUUCAGUAGGAUGACAUAUUCCUGGUUUAGCAGAAUAAUUGUUUUAGGCUAUAAGAGACCUUUGGAAAGAGAGGAUCUUUUUGAACUAAAUGAAAGUGAUUCUUCCUAUAUUGUGUGUCCCAUCUUUGAAAAACAAUGGAGGAAGGAAGUUUUAAGGAAUCAAGAGAGGCAAGAAGUAAAGGCACCCUUUCAUAAAGAGGCACAUGCCAGGAAACCAUCUCUGGUCUAUGCAUUGUGGAACACCUUUAAGUUUGUCCUGAUUCAAGUUGCUUUAUUCAAAGUGUUUGCUGAUAUUUUGUCCUUCAGUAGCCCACUCAUAAUGAAGCAAAUGAUCAUUUUCUGUGAACAUCGCCCAGAUUUUGGAUGGAGUGGCUACGGUUAUGCUUUGGCACUUUUUGUUGUAGUCUUUUUGCAAACCUUGAUCCUUCAGCAAUACCAACGUUUUAACAUUCUCACUUCAGCAAAAAUUAAGACGGCCAUAAUUGGACUCAUCUACAAAAAGGCCCUACUUGUAUCUAAUGUUUCUCGAAAGAGGUUUUCAACUGGGGAAGUUAUUAACUUGAUGUCAGCGGAUGCCCAGCAGCUCAUGGACUUGACAGCAAACCUCAAUCUCCUCUGGUCCGCCCCUUUUCAGAUCCUGAUGGCCAUAUCACUUCUUUGGCAAGAGCUGGGUCCAGCUGUGUUAGCAGGGGUAGCAGUCCUUGUGUUUGUUAUACCGAUAAAUGCUUUAGUUGCAACUAGAGUAAAAAAGCUAAAGAAAAGCCAAACGAAGAACAAAGAUAAACAGAUAAAACUACUCAAUGAAAUCUUACAUGGAAUUAAGAUCCUCAAACUUUAUACAUGGGAACCCUCCUAUAAAAAGAAGAUUAUUGAAAUUCGAGAGCAGGAAUUGGAAGUUCAAAAAUCAGCUGGGUAUCUUGCUGUAUUUUCUAUGCUGACAUUAACUUGCAUUCCAUUCUUGGUGUCCCUGGCGACAUUUGGCAUCUAUUUCUUAUUGGAUGAAGGAAACAUUUUAACAGCCACCAAAGUGUUCACAUCUAUGUCUUUGUUUAAUAUUUUGAGGCUUCCUUUAUUUGAUUUACCAAUGGUAAUCUCAGCUGUGGUCCAGACAAGAAUAUCAUUGAAUCGUUUGGAAGAUUUUCUCAACACCGAGGAGCUUCAUCCUCAAAAUAUUGAAACAAACUACAUAGGAGAUCAUGCCGUUGGUUUUACAAAUGCUUCCUUCUCUUGGGGUAAAACAGGGAUUCCAGUACUAAAAAACUUGAACAUAAAGAUUCCAGAAGGAGCUUUAGUGGCUGUUGUGGGGCAAGUUGGAUCUGGAAAAUCAUCUGUGCUUUCUGCCAUUCUGGGGGAAAUGGAGAAACUUACAGGAGUUGUUCAAAGAAAGGUUUCCUAUGAGCACUUUUUUGAGGCAUAUCAUAUCACAACAUUCAACCUUCAGUCUCCUUGUUCUCAAUAUCAGAGAACACACCAGGGUUCUGUGGCUUAUGUUGCCCAGCAGGCCUGGAUUCAGAAUUGCAUUUUACAAGAAAACAUUCUCUUUGGCUCCAUCAUGCAGAAGCAGUUUUAUGAGCGAGUAUUGGAAGCCUGUGCCCUCCUUCCUGAUUUGGAGCAGUUACCAAAUGGAGAUCAAACUGAGAUUGGAGAAAGAGGUGUGAAUAUAAGUGGGGGCCAGAAGCACCGUGUAAGUCUGGCCAGAGCUGUGUAUAGUGGGGCUGACAUCUACCUCCUGGAUGAUCCCUUUGCUGCAGUUGAUGUCCAUGUUGGAAAGCAACUUUUUGAAAAAGUGAUUGGGUCCUCGGGUAUUUUGAAAAACAAGACUCGUAUUUUAGUGACACAUAACCUCGCACUUCUGCCACAGAUGGAUCUGAUUGUUGUCAUGGAGAGUGGCAGAGUUGCACACAUGGGAACAUACCAGGAGCUGCUGUCAAAAACCAGAAACCUCACAAAUUUGCUUCAGGCCUUCAGUGAACGAGAAAAAGCUCAUGCUUUAAAGCGAGUCAGUGUAAUCAACUCCAGAACUAUACUGAAAGACCAAAUCUUGGAGCAAAAUGAUAGGCCCUCACUGGAUCAAGGAAAACAGUUCUCAAUGAAAAAAGAAAAGAUCCCUAUUGGUGGGGUGAAGUUCUCAAUCAUUCUGAAGUACCUCCAAGCCUUCGGCUGGCUCUGGGUGUGGCUGAGUGUGGCUACUUACCUCGGGCAGAAUUUGGUGGGCAUUGGACAGAAUCUAUGGCUUAGUGCCUGGGUAAAAGAAGCGAAACACAAGAAUGAGUUCACAGAAUGGAAGCAAAUAAGAAGCAAUAAACUUAACAUCUAUGGAUUACUGGGAUUAAUGCAAGGUCUCUUUGUCUGCUCUGGAGCCUAUAUACUCACCAGAGGAUCCCUGGCUGCCUCUCGAACUUUGCAUACUCAACUAUUGGAUAAUGUGCUACACCUCCCGCUCAGGUUUUUUGAAACCAAUCCCAUAGGUCAGAUCAUCAGUCGGUUCACCAAGGACAUGUUUAUAAUUGAUAUACGUUUCCAUUACUACUUACGGACCUGGGUGAAUUGCACAUUGGAUGUUAUUGGAACAGUUUUGGUCAUUGGAGGAGCUUUACCACUCUUCAUUCUAGGGGUUAUUCCCUUGGUGUUCCUCUAUUUCACUAUACAGAGAUACUAUGUGGCGAGUUCUCGGCAGAUUCGUCGGUUGGCAGGAGCAUCUCGCUCUCCUAUCAUUUCACACUUUAGUGAGACUUUAUCAGGGGUGUCCACUAUCCGGGCAUUUGGACAUGAACAGAGAUUCAUCCAGCAAAACAAAGAGGUGGUGAAUGAGAACCUGGUCUGUUUCUACAAUAAUGUAAUUUCAAACAGGUGGCUGUCUGUUAGACUUGAACUCCUUGGCGACUUAAUGGUAUUCUUUGCUGCAGUGCUUACUGUGCUCGCUGGCAAGUCUAUAGAUUCAGCAAUAGUUGGUUUGUCCAUAUCCUAUGCCCUAAAUAUUACUCAAUCUCUGAAUUUUUGGGUGAGGAAAGCUUGUGAAAUUGAAACCAAUGCAGUUUCCAUUGAAAGAGUUUGUGAAUAUGAAAAUAUGGAUAAAGAGGCACCCUGGAUAAUGUCUAAAAGACCUCCAUCACAAUGGCCUGAUAAAGGGAUAGUGGAAUUUAUUAAUUAUCAGGCUCGAUACCGAGAUGACCUUGGUUUAGCAUUACAAGAUAUCACUUUCCAGACUCAUGGUGAAGAAAAGAUUGGAAUUGUGGGACGGACUGGAGCAGGCAAAUCAACGCUUUCAAAUUGUCUGUUUAGAAUUGUGGAAAGAUCAGGAGGCAAAAUUAUUAUCGAUGGUAUUGACAUAUCCACUAUUGGACUUCAUGACCUUCGGGGCAAACUUAAUAUUAUUCCACAGGAUCCUGUUUUAUUUUCUGGUACCCUUCAAAUGAACCUGGAUCCCCUAGACAAGUAUUCCGAUAGCGAGCUGUGGGAGGUGCUAGAACUGUGUCACUUAAAAGAGUUUGUGCAGUCCCUUCCCAAGAAGCUGCUGCAUGAGAUUACAGAGGGAGGUGAAAACCUCAGUGUUGGACAAAGGCAGCUUGUCUGUCUUGCUCGUGCUUUGCUUCGAAAAACAAAAAUUCUCAUCUUGGAUGAGGCAACAGCUUCCAUUGAUUUUGAGACUGAUAACUUGGUGCAGACCACAAUCAGGAAAGAGUUCUCCGACUGUACCAUCCUGACGAUUGCUCAUAGACUGCACUCUAUCAUUGAUUCAGAUAGGGUACUUGUUCUAGACUCUGGAAGGAUUACAGAAUUUGAAACACCACAGAAUUUGAUAUGCCAGAAAGGACUUUUCUUUGAAAUGCUAACAGAAGCUGGAAUACCAGAAGACUCAGUGACAAAAUAAUAAAUACUUUUAGCUAUAGAUUGAUUAUACUGAAUAAAAAAUAGAUUCAUAUUUUAAAAAUAACAAUGGGGAGAACUGCACAAAAGCAGGCCCCUGGCUACACGUUGGCAUAAAUACCAAAAAGCAUCAGAGUUCCAGCUAUCCUGGGCUGCACCCAACCUUCUCUCUUCCACUCAUGCCCUCCGGAAUAUCUGCCUUCUCCACAUUGCCCAAAGUACUACAUGCCACGUAUCCUUUAAGUCUCUGACUUCAUUCAGGAGUCACCUUCUCCGUGGAGUGUGCCUUGAUUUCCCCCCUGCUCUCCGAUCUGAUCUAGCUGUCCCUUUUCUGUACUCUCACCAUCCCUGUGUGCAUAACUGGUGUCAUGAGACAGGGACCAUACUCUAUUUUAAUUGUUUUAGUCUGUCUUCCCACUAAAGCUACUUGAAGGCAAGUACCCAGUGUCAGUCAUCUUUGUAUGUUGGGUUCCUAGCAUAGUGAUUUUCAUCUAGUUGAUAUCCAACCAGUGUUUGAAGAAUUAAUGACUUGGCAUUUUCGAGUAAUAUAAUACAGGUAUUUAUAGACAGACAUAUGUGUUGAGCUACUGUACAGUAUAUAAAAUGAUGGGGAAAUCACAGAAAAAAUAUUAGGAGUUAUUCAGUUGCUUUUUAGAAAUAAUAUAUUAACUGUAUUUUAUGGUAUACUUUAUUUUAAAAUAAUAUUUUAUAUUUUUUACUAUUGACUUUGAGUAAAAAACAGUACUUUCUAUGCAACAUUAUUUUUGGCUGGAUUAACCUCAGUGACUUAGGUAUCAGAUAGUAUACAUUCACAAGAAGAUUGCUGACUUGUAAUACUAAUCAUAUUUUGAAGGAGUUUUUAACUUAGUAGUUUUAUGUAUUAGAAGCAAUAUUAUUUCUUGAAUUGCCCUUCAAAUUUGAAGUAUUCAAAUUUUAAUGAUAUUUUCCUUUUAAGAUGAUUUUAAUAAAAUAUGUUAACAUGUUC